AUGCCGACCCCAGACCUAUCCCACCUCUCCCCCACCUUCCUCCUCCCCACGCGCCUCACCCCCGCCGCUCACGCCGCCCUCCUUUCGCAGCUCGCAGCACACAAUGUCCCGCUCACGCCCACGCCCUCCACGGCUUCGCUCUUCCUGGCUGAUAUCAACACGCCCACGCGGUGCCGCUUUGAGCUGCGUACACGAGGCAUCAUGACGGACCCGGAACCGCUGCUGACGGCCCCGUUGAGGGUCGUCAAGUUGGCGUGGUUCACGGAGAGUGUCAAGGCGGGAAGGGUACUCCCCAUUGAGCCGUGGACAGUGUAUACGGCGACGGUGUGUGCGGUGGUGGUGACGCCGGGGCCGUCGCCGGAGAGGGUGAGGGUGAAGGAGACGGCGAGGGAGAGGGAGAAGCAGAGGGAGAGGGAGAGGGUACAUGCGGAGGAGGAGCACAGGAGGGGCGUGAUGGAGAGGGCGCAGAUGGAUAGAGUGAAAAAUGCAGAGGAGAACUCGAGAUGGCGGAGUGAGAAGAAUGAGUAUAAGCGCAGUGUCUAUGGAACCAGGGUGACGGACGAGAUCAUAAAACUGUCCAAGAGUGCGGGACGAAAUGCGAGGCCGAGUACGCCCGAGUAUGAGGAGGAGCGCAUAACGGCGAGAGGCAUCAAUGAGAUGCCGGAGUGGGUGAGAAGGAAUGUCAAGCUCUCAUGCUGCCGCUCAACGCCCGCGGACUCGCCGAACGCAGACUUUAUAUCACACCUCCACACAAUCCGCGACCACCGCAUCCUCACCUCCGACGAGGUCGGCAUCCGCGCCUACUCCACCGCCAUCGCCACCAUCCAGGCCUACCCCUACCCCCUCACCUCCAGCAGUGAAGUCAUGCUCCUCCCCGGCUGCCAUAUAAAGAUAUCAGCCCUUUUCCACUCAUGGCUGUGCUCACACACAGACCCGAAGCUUCGAACUAUCCCUGAUGUUGAGAAGCUGAAGCUGAAUGAGAAUCUAGUGGGGUUGGCGAUGUUGCAUAAGAUAUGGGGUGUGGGGCCGGAGACGGCGAGGGAGUGGUGGUUUGUGAAGGGGUGGAGGUCGGUGGAUGAUGUAGUGGAGUAUGGGUGGAAGGGCCUCACCAGGGUGCAGCAGAUUGGGGUGAAGUAUUAUGAUGACUUCCAGAAACCGAUGCCGCGGUGGGAGGCGGAGAGGAUAAGAGAUAUAAUAACCCACCACGCCACCCUCCUCCUCCCAGGCACAACAACAAUCCUCGCCGGCUCCUACCGCCGCGGCAGCCCCACCCUCGCCGACGCCGACCUCCUCAUCUCCCACCCAGACCCCACCCAGCUCGCCACCUCCUUCCUCGAGCAGCUCGUCGCCUCCCUCGAGAAGGAGGGCUGCAUAAACUACACACUCCGCCUCGACCGCGCCCCUGCUCCGGGCCGGACAAUCCAGACCGCAAUGCUGGUCUGGCAGGAGCAGCAGUACGAUGAUGUAAGACGGAAGACUUUGCGUCUCCCAGGCAGGAAUACAAAUACGAGACGGAGGGUGGAUCUGGUGGUGACGAGGCCGGAGACGGCGGGGAUGGCGCUGAUGAAGUGGACGGGGGGGCGGACGUGGGUGAGGGAUCUGAAGGCGUGGUGUGGGGAGCGGAAGUGGAGGGUUGGGGCGGAGGGCGUGUGGGAGAGGGAUGGGGAGCGGGUGGGCGGGGUGGAUGGGGCGUUGAGGAGGGGGGAGGGGUGGGAGGAGGCGGAGAGGAGGGUGUUUAGGGGGAUGGGGUUGGAGUGGAGGGCGCCUGGGGAGAGGUGUACGGGGUAG